AAGAUUAUUAUUUGUUGUUUGAAAUUUGGGAUAUAAUGGAGUCUUCCAUGAGAGUUCCAUCUCCAAUAAUAUUUCCCAUAAAUUCAACACCGAAACUGAAAAAAUUUAACAAAAUUUCUUAUGGUUUUGGAUCUAGUGGAUGCAACUGGAUUUCUAAAAUAUACGCAGUUCGUUCCAGUGUCCCUGUUUCAUCAUCAUCUUCUCAUGAGGAUGAGUCAAGGUCAGCGGGGGAUGCACAAAGACGAAGAAGCAGUCUUGAAUCACUAUUUUGUUAUGAUAAACCUAUGCCUGAGGAACGAAUUGAAGAACCAGUUGGGGUAUCUUUGGCUGAAAAAAUAGUUGGAGAUAAUCCCCGUUGCACGGGUUGUCAGGCUAAAGGCGCUGUCCUUUGUACCACUUGCUCUGGGUGUGGAUUAUAUGUGGACUCGAUAUUGGAGAGCCAGGGUAUCAUUGUCGAAGUCCGCUGUCUAGGUUGUGGAGGAACUGGCAAUAUUAUGUGCUUGGAAUGCGGUGGCCGAGGUCAUCUAGGACCCAAAUAAUUUGCCGUUGGCCUCCUUACCUCUCCUCGGAAAAUUUGCUCUAGCCCUUUAUAUGUAUCAUUUACGCAUUGGAAUUUCAUUUCUUCUAGUCAUGUAAGCCGUGAUAAAAGAAAUUCAACAAUGUAAUUUGAUUCAUGCCA